AUGGCGGCGGCUCCGCUGCUGCUGCUGCUGCUGCUCGUGCCCGUGCCGCUGCUGCCGCUGCUGGCCCAGGGGCCCGGGGGGGCGCUGGGCAACCGGCAUGCGGUGUACUGGAACAGCUCCAACCAGCACCUGCGGCGAGAGGGCUACACCGUGCAGGUGAACGUGAACGAUUACCUGGACAUCUACUGCCCUCACUACAACAGCUCGGGGCUGGGCCCCGGGGCGGGGCCGGGGCCCGGAGGCGGGGCGGAGCAGUACGUGCUGUACAUGGUGAGUCGCAGCGGCUACCGCACCUGCAACGCCAGCCAAGGCUUCAAGCGCUGGGAGUGCAACCGACCGCACGCGCCCCACAGCCCCAUCAAGUUCUCGGAGAAGUUCCAGCGCUACAGCGCCUUCUCGUUGGGCUACGAAUUCCACGCCGGCCACGAGUAUUACUAUAUCUCCACGCCCACCCACAACCUGCACUGGAAGUGUCUGAGGAUGAAGGUGUUCGUCUGCUGCGCCUCCACAUCGCACUCCGGGGAGAAGCCGGUCCCCACUCUCCCCCAGUUCACCAUGGGCCCCAAUGUGAAGAUCAACGUGCUGGAAGACUUUGAGGGAGAGAACCCCCAGGUGCCCAAGCUUGAGAAGAGCAUCAGCGGGACCAGCCCCAAGCGGGAACACCUGCCCUUGGCCGUGGGCAUCGCCUUCUUCCUCAUGACACUCUUGGCCUCCUAGCUCUGCCCCCACGCUCGGCGGGGAGAGAUGGGGCAGGGCGGGGUUGGGAAGGAGCAGGGAGCCUUGGGCCUCUCCAAGGGGAGCCUGCCUAGAGGCGGGGUCUACACCAUUCAUCUGUGCCCGCCCUCUCUACCCCCCUCCCCCCCAGGUAGGGCACUGUGGUGGAGCAGGCACAGGGGCAGCCACGAGUCCCCAGGGCCUUGUGGCUCUGGAGAUGUUUGGUACCAAACUUAGGGGCCAUCAAGGGCGGGCAGCGGCUCAGGAGUCCCCGCCCCCUGGUACCUUUCCCCGCCCCCUGGUGCCCUCGGCCUGUGUCCCCCAGAGAAGGAGCGCGCCCCAGAGAGAGCAAAUGGAAGCACGGGAGGCACCCCGUUCCCUGUCCUCUAGGGGCAGACGGCGGGGAGGGGACUAGAGGGGCGAGGGGCAGCCGCGGCGCCGCCCCUUCCCCGGUUUACAGCAAUAAGCACGUUCCCCUCCCCCACCCGCACUCCGGGAUUGUGGUUUGGAUUGAAUCCAGGUUUACAAGUAGACCCCCCUGGGGGGCAGGCAGCGGGCAGGCACGGCAAGGGGUGGGCAGCGGGUGCCAGGCAGGCAUGUACAGACUCUAUAUCUCUCUAUAUAAUGUACAGACCGUCCCUCCCCCUCCUCAGACCCCGAACCUUUCCCGACUCCCCCUUCCAGCUUCAGACCCCUCCCCACCAGGCUAGGCCCGCCCCCGCCCCCGGGGGACCCCCCUGGCCCUUUUGUCUUCCGUGAAGACAGGACCUAUGCAACGCACCGACACUUUUGGAGACCGUGAGACAACAACGCCCCCUCCCUUCCAGCCUUGAGCCGGAACCAACUCCCGGGAGCUCCCCUGCCCACCCUCUGUGGUCCCCACCCAUCCUCCUGGGCCUUUUUCAAGUGCUUUGGCUGUGACUUUCAUACUCUGCUCUUAGUCUAAAAAAAUAAACUGGAGAUAAAAAUAACGGAGUGUGUGUGAUUUCCAGGAGCCACCAGCCUUCUCUUGCGCUGCUUAAACCCCACAGGUGGGGGGGGGAGGGGAUUCUGGGGCCAAAGCUCCCUGUCCCGCUCCGGCCUGAGGCUCCCCAGAUGGGAGAGAGGCCGCUCAGUG